AUGAUAGAGAAACAGUUUUUUGACUAGUGAAACACUGUCCUCCAAGAUGGACCAAGCUUAGAAAUGAUCAAGUCUUCCUUGUUCCUGCAUUCCUAUGAGCCUUUGAGCUGUGACUGCUGUCAAAAUUGUUAACAGAGAGAAAACAAGAUUAACACAUCUGUGUCUCAGUUGAAUAAUAAUGACAUCUCAGCUUUGAAUAGCUCAUGUAUCAUCCAUAGGCAGAAUGCGGGACAUGCUGGAGAGGCUACAGACCAUUUGUGAGGAACAGGAGGACUAUGAGCCAGAGUUGUAUGAACCUGAAGAUGAUGUGGAUGGUGUAACUCUCGCUCAAGAGGCAGUUGUGUUUGAGAACCCCUCACCUCUCGACAAAAUCCUUGAGGAAGCCAAAUCAAUACGCAAUGAGAUCUCCAUGUUGCAGUUAAAGGUGGAGCAUCUGCGUACACAUAACGAACGUUUUAGCACCUCUGUUCGGCGGCUCACCCUUCUCAAAAAGGACUCUGACUCCAUUGCCAGAGGUAUCCAGCAGUGUGGGGAAGCUCUUUACCUCCGCCUCCAGGCCCUUGGUAAGGAGAGGGCCCAAAUAGAGCAGAAAGAAGGUCCACACUCUGCCAUUGGCCGUAUUGCCCAAGUUCAGUAUGAAACCCUGAUCCGUGCUUUUCAUGCUGUUAUGAGUGACUACAACGAAGCAGAAGAGAUGCAGAGGAGUGCAUGCCGAGGAAGGAUCCAGAGGCAAGCCUCCAUAUUUGGGAGAGAAAUCACUGAUGAGCAGCUAGAUGAGAUGGUGGACAAAGGUGGAGAAGGGUGGGCUGAACUAUCCCAGAGUCUGCAGACACAAGGUGCACGCUCAUCCCGCUGGGCACUGUGUGAGAUCAAAGGGAGACACAAGGAGCUGGUGGAGCUGGAGAUCAGGCUGAAGGAGGUCCAUGAACUGUUCAUGCACAUGGCCAUGUUGGUGGAGGAGCAGGGAUCCAUGAUCAAUAACAUUGAGUCUCAUGUGUGCACUACUGAGGAAUAUACUGAAAAAGUUAAUGUCCAGAUAAAGAAGGCCCUGCAGUACAAGAGGAAAAAUCCUUUCCAGCAAUGUUGCCCCUGUUUACCCUGCUGGAAACACAACCAGCUGCUAUAGGGAUGACUUUGACUAAUUUAAAAGAAAAUGUAUGGAUGAUUUGAGACUCAAAAUAAAUAUUUACCAAAGACA